GAGUGUAUACAAUAUGAGCGUUGUCCCGUAUAGCGUUCACACUGAAGACAAUAACUAAAAAGUUUUGUAAAUCGUUUGAAUAUGCAAGAUAACAUCGGGUUUUACACCACAGACAGCUAUAACGAUACAGAGGAACGAUAUCUCUGAGAUUACUUUCAGAGGGAUUUAUGCCCAGUUAAUGAAAUUGACACUUAACCAAAAACCCAUUCGAAUGUAAUCGCGCAUUAAAUGUGAAACUCUACCGCGCUCACGAGAAAUUUGAAACUUAUCGUCCGCUGGUGUUGCCGCUAAUACAGUUAAAGCCAAAGUUACGGCGCAGGCGCAGCUGAGAGCGCGUGCAGUACUAAUAUCAUGUACUUACACGUUCUUUGUCACAACACACUUUGAGCUGGCGGUUUCCUGAGUGCGGGUUUUUGAAGUUCUGUCAAGAUAUAUUAACGCUUCGAUUCAGGACAAUGGCUACAAAAACAGUUUUUGAUAAACCUAAGGUUGAGCUACACGUGCAUCUAGAUGGUGCAUUCCGAGUCAAGACCAUUAUAGAUGUGGCGAAGAGGCGAGGAAUCAAACUACCUGUGGACGAGGAUAAAAUGAAAGAACUGAUCACGGUGGAUGAGCCCUCCUCACUUACAGAAUUCCUUGGCAAGUUCAAUCACUACAUGCAUGUCAUUGCAGGUGACAGAGAGGCCAUCAGAAGAGUAGCCUAUGAGUUUGUCGAAACAAAGGCCAGAGAGGGAGUGAUCUAUGUGGAAGCAAGAUACAGCCCUCAUCUUCUGGCCAACUGCGGGGUGGAUCCAAUACCAUGGGGCCAAGAAAAAGGAGACGUAACUCCAGAUGAAGUGGUGCGUCUGGUGAACCAGGGGUUUAGCGAAGGGGAGAAGGCCUUCAAUAUUAAAGCCAGGUCCAUUCUGUGCUGCAUGCGUCAUGAACCAAGUUGGUCUAUGGAAGUGGUGGAGUUGUGUAAGAAGUAUCGCAACGAUGGAGUUGUGGCAAUAGACCUAGCAGGAGAUGAAUCCUUGAACUGUGAGGCGUGCCCUGAACACAGGAAGGCUUUUGAGGAAGCAGUCAAGAGUUGUGUACACAGAACAGUACAUGCAGGAGAAGUAGGCCCUCCAUCCGUCGUUAAAGAGGCCGUGGAUGUUCUGAAAGCAGAACGCAUUGGUCAUGGCUACCACACCAUAGAGGAUGAAGUUCUAUAUAAAAGAUUGCUUGAAAAGAAAACACAUUUCGAGACGUGUCCCAUCUCCAGCAGGCUGACAGGAGGUUGUGACCCUGAUUUUACUAAACACCCCAUCAUCAGAUUUAUGAAGGACAAAGCAAACUACUCGCUAAACACAGAUGACCCUUUAGUCUUCAACUCCACCCUAAACUCAGACUACCAGGUGGCAGAGCAAUACAUGGGCUUCAACGAAGAUGAAUUUAAGAGAGUGAAUAUAAAUGCAGCAGAGUCCUGCUUCCUUCCUGAAAAUGAGAGAAAGCAGCUUGUUAAAGAUCUCCAUGAGGCCUAUGGUAUGUGCAACAGCACCUGCUUCUGAGCCCAGCACUACGUUUUACCGAGAUGAAGAGCCUUUAAAGAUAUUUGCCUUUACAGGAAUGUGAGUUCUGAGUCCUUGAAGCGUGAAAAACAUCUCAAGAACUUCUAUUCCCAUUUCUCAUUGAAAUAUUUCUGAAUUACAUAAAUUGUUGACAUCCACAAAAAGUUACCUAUGUCACAUUCAUAUUGCAUUAGCGGUUUGUAGUUAGCAUACUAGUCUUACGCCAAAUGUUGUCUUCUAUCUAAAGAAACAUUUUCUUAUCACAUAUCAAAUUUCAAUAUAAUCUAAAUAUUUAUAUUUUAUUACAUAUAGUCUUAUGCAUGUCACACUAUAUUUUAUAUUCUCAUCUGUGUUACACACACACAAACACAAUUUGCUAACAAUGUAAAUCUUGAGAAGUGAUGAAUGCAAUGAAAAGCUUUCUUUCGCACCUAGUUGUACAAAAUUAUUCAGGACUGUAUAUGAAAGGUGCUAUAUGAAUAGUAUAUUAGAUAUUACUUUUUUGGUGUUUUAUAAUGGCUAGAACGUAUGAAUCCAAAACAUUAAACCUGAUUAGAGUCUAAUAUCUGGUGCUUUUGUGAUACAUGUAUUUUAUAUGUAUUUUUUGUAUCAACACCAGAGGGCAUUUAACAAAAGACUUACCUCAGGAAUUGGUGUUUCAUCUAAAGACUUAUUGUGGAGUUAAUCAAACCAGUAAAAAUGUCGAACUGUGAAGAAAACAGUGUUGCUUUGAAAAGAGACUGAGCGCUUUGUCACUUACUGUAUGGCAGAUUAUCAAUACAAAUGAAUUUGUUCUGAAAAA